AUGGAGGAGGAGGACCGAAGGGCGGGCGGGGAGAGCAGCGGCGGCGAUUGCAGCUCCGAGGAUGAGGGGAGCGAUGGAUACCGCCGAGGGGGCUACCACACAGUGCGAGUGGGAGACGCCUUUAAGCAGGGGGCGUACGUCGUGCAGUCGAAGCUCGGGUGGGGGCACUUCUCCACGGUCUGGCUCGCCUGGGACACUCUACACUCGGUACGGGGGUUUGCCCUUGUUUGUUUGAGUUUUGGUUCCCCGACUCUGGGGGAAUUUGUCUGGUGGUAAUCGUUGCGGCGGCGCCGGCCAUGGUUCUUGCAGAGGUAUGUGGCGCUGAAGGUGCAGAAGAGCGCGCAGCACUACACAGAGGCGGCGAUGGAUGAGAUCACGAUUCUGAAGCAGAUCGCGGACGGAGACCCUGAGGAUGCUAAGUGCGUGGUGAAGCUGCUCGACCAUUUCAAGCACUCCGGGCCCAAUGGGAACCACGUCUGUAUGGUGUUCGAGUAUCUUGGGGAUAAUCUCUUGACCCUCAUCAAGUACACUGACUAUCGAGGGAUCCCGCUCCGGAUGGUGAAGGAGAUCUGCAGGCACGUUUUGGUUGGCCUCGAUUACCUCCAUCGCCAGCUGAACAUCAUCCACACCGACCUCAAGCCUGAGAACAUUCUACUCGUCUCCACAAUCGAUCCUGCAAGGGACGCGACACGCACAGGUGCCCCCCUCAUUCUUCCCACGAAGCCCGACAGCUCCAAGACCUCCGUUCCGGCCUGUGCCUCUGUGAGCGCCGCUGAAAUUGCGGGUACGAAUGGGGACCUGACAAAGAAUCAGAAGAAGAAAAUUCGGCGGAAGGCGAAACGUGCUGCAGCUACAGUAAACGUGGAGAGCACUUCGGGCCUCGAUGGGGACGAGGUGCGCAGCGGUAAGGAUGAUGCGGGCACCGCUGGAAAUGACGGCGGCAGCGGGGCUGAGCCGGACCAAACGAAGGAGAGAGGAAGUCAGGGGCGCAGGAGAGAGAGCAAAAGUGCGAGGAGGAAAUUGGCCAUGGAAGUGGACUUGAGAUGUAAGCUUGUCGACUUUGGGAAUGCAUGUUGGACUUACAAACAGUUCACGAGUGACAUUCAAACAAGGCAGUACAGAUGCCCAGAAGUGCUGUUGGGUUCGAAGUACUCUACACCCGCGGAUUUGUGGUCGUUUGCCUGCAUAUGCUUUGAGUUGGCGACGGGUGAUGUGCUGUUUGACCCGCACAGUGGGGAAAAUUUUGACCGAGAUGAGGUAGCGUACAAGGCUUGCUUCCUUUUACGUACCUAAUCAUAUAUUUGUCUAAUGAUCCUUAUUCCUUUUCUCGUUUUUUCUGAUGCUUGUUUCCGUUCAAUUUGAGUUCUCCAUUCUUGAUGUUCGCAUAUUCUGAUCAACAACUCGUAUGCAAACGCCGAAAGGAUCGUAUUCGGGUCCAUUCAACAAAUUACUUGGUAGUCUGGUCAAAAGGAAAACUUGACGUAGGAAUUUUAACAUACGGGCUGAUGCAAUCCUUAGCAAGCUUCUUCUGAAAUGGAAAUCCUGGUGAAAUCGUCGUACAACACAGUAAACCUCGUUGAACGUAUACUAAUUAAGAUCUUUUUAGUCAUAUGCCUGCGCCACAAUUGUCUUACAUAAAUCUGUUGUAUGAGGGCAUUUAGAAGGAGUAGAGAUAUUUUCUGGUCUUUGAUCAUCUAGCUUAAGUGACUGAAUUCUCUUCCCCCGGCUAUGUUUGUAUCAAAUGGUGGGUGAGUCAUAAAAUAAGUUGUUAGGUGGAUUUGAGAUGUUUUAAGUGCAACGUUAGAAGGUUUUUAUCGCUUUAGAGUCCUGAGGAAUGUAGAUUGUGUCUUACGUGAGUUUUAUUUGAUGCCAAUGAUUUAGGAUAAAAGGAAAAAAAGUUCAGUUUUUUGUUCUCUCAUUCCUUUUACAUCUCGUUAAGUGAGUAGAGAAGCUUUGCCUGGGAUGUGUGUUGUAAUUCAUUGGGGGAAUGUUCUACAGUUCUUGUGGUUGGCUCCUGUCAUUUUGUUUCGUACUUGGCUCUGUAUUGAUUGUUGUCAUCUCCACAGUUUCGAUCGUGAUUGUCUUUCCUGUUCCUCCAACAUUUCUUGAGCUUCAAUUACCAUUAAAAGAAACUGUGGAAGACAUGAAUGAAAUCCAUCUUUAAUCAUGCAGGAUCACCUGGCAUUGGUCAUGGAGCUUCUUGGGAUGAUGCCCCGCAAGGUAAUACCCACCCCUUUCCCCCCCACCUCUCUCUAGAAAAAAGCCUCUCUCGCUCCUUCCUCUCACUCAUCACGGAUUGUGAUGCCUGGUUCUUCUUCAGAUUGCAUUGGGUGGCCGCUACUCCCGCGAGUUCUUCAACCGGUACGGGGAGCUGCGGCACAUCCGCCGCCUUCGGUUCUGGCCGCUGAACAAGGUGCUCACCGAGAAGUACGAAUUUGACGAGCAGGACGCUCGCGCCAUGGCAGACUUCCUUCUCCCCAUCCUCGACUUCGUCCCUGAGAAGCGGCCGACGGCAGCUCAGCUUCUCCUCCAUCCAUGGCUCAACGCAGGGCCUCUGCAUCUCGAGCCGUCGGCGAAGGUCCCAACGCCGCCACUUCCCAACAGAGAAGGUGAGGAGGUCGAAAGGGAGGCCAUGGCGGCGGAGCUGGGGAACAUCGCCAUUGGCGGCCCUCCGAGGCCAGUUCAACAGAGGGAUGCUGCUGCUGCUGCUGCUGUGACCACCACCUCUGCCAAUUCUUCUAGGUAG